CGGCCCCGGCGCAUGGAGGCGAUGCCCUGCCAGAACCAGCGCCUCGGCCCGCGGCCGCAGGAUGAGCCGCCGACAGCCGCCAGCACGGCCACGGCGAGCGGCGGAUCCCGGCUGAUCCGCUUCGCCGAGCCCAGCGAGGACAGCGGCUGUCCCAGCCCGGACAGCAGCAGCAGCAGCAGCAACGGGGUGGUGGCGGCGCCGGCGCCGGUGCCCGCCGGGGAGGACGGCGCGCUGGCCAUCGGGCCGCAGCUGAAGCUGCUGCCCAUGAACGACCAGCUGCGGGAGCUGCAGACCAUCAUCAGGGACAAGAAAUCCAGUAGAGGAGACUUCGUAUUUUCUGCUGAUCGUCUGAUCAGACUCGUGGUUGAAGAGGGAUUGAAUCAACUGCCCUACACAGAAUGUACUGUGACCACUCCAACAGGACACAAGUAUGAAGGAGUCCGGUUUGAAAAGGGAAACUGCGGGGUCAGCAUCAUGAGAAGUGGGGAGGCCAUGGAGCAGGGCCUGCGGGACUGCUGCAGAUCCAUCCGCAUCGGGAAAAUCCUGAUCCAGAGCGACGAGGAGACGCAGCGAGCCAAGGUGUACUACGCCAAGUUCCCCCCAGACAUCUACAGGAGGAAAGUGCUGCUCAUGUACCCGAUCCUGAGUACUGGGAACACGGUGAUCGAGGCUGUCAAAGUGCUGGUGGAACACGGGGUCCAGCCCAGCGUCAUCAUCCUGCUCAGCCUCUUCUCCACCCCUCAUGGUGCCAAAUCCAUCAUCCAGGAAUUCCCAGAAAUCACCAUUUUAACUACAGAAGUGCAUCCUGUUGCACCAACACACUUUGGACAGAAGUACUUUGGGACAGACUGACAGUCUUGGAACAACUGGAUACGACUCUAUGGCAUUACAAGAGGUUUUUUUACAUUUUAUUACUGUUGAGUUGGUCGAGGGCAUGUUUAAAAACCUUUUUGGCCAACUAACUUAGGGUAGUGCUGGCCUGAACAGGGAUCAGGUACAAUGACAAAGCACUCUGGUUACACGGUCAAGCAUCUCCAUGUUGGGGCUCUCUAAUUGCCACACUCUGCUUUAACCUAUUUAUUCUUCUCCAGCCUGUCCGUGGCCACCUGCAAGAGCAAAAUAAACCCAACUAAACCCCAA